UCAUUCAAGUGUAGAACUAGAAGGUAAAGAAGCAAUUGACGUGAGCGGCCAUCCAUGGUUUCGCUUCAUCCACAUACACUAACACUAGCGUGCCCUUUGUCCGUUUCCUCUUCAUCCUCCCGUUUUCUCAGAUGCUCCGUAAAUUCUGCCCCGAAGCGAAGAAGAAGCAGCUUCAUUACUGCUUCGUGGCAAGAGCAGCUCGCGGGAGUUUUACUAUUCUCCGCGAUUCCUUUCACUGCCGUGAAAGCUAUAGCUAAUAGUCCGCUAGGGGAGUCGCUUCAGAGGAAAAUGGAGGAGAGAAAGACAUUUGCUGUAGAAAACUCGUCUACAUUCAAGGCCUUAGCCGGCAAGGCCCGAAAGGAGAGCUUUUGGUAUGGAGAAGAUCGGCCUCGUUGGCUUGGUCCUAUUUCAUAUGAAUACCCAUCAUAUCUUACUGGGGAACUGCCCGGGGAUUACGGCUUUGACAUUGCUGGGCUUGGCCAGGAUCCUGUGGCACUGCAGAAAUACUUCAACUUUGAGAUAUUGCAUGCUCGGUGGGCUAUGCUUGCAUCCGUCGGUGCUCUGAUUCCUGAAAUAUUAGACCUAUUGGGAGCCUUUCACUUUGUAGAACCAGUGUGGUGGCGUGUUGGAUAUUCAAAGCUCAAGGGAGAUACUCUAGAUUACCUUGGUAUCCAAGGUCUUCACUUUGCUGGAAGUCAGGGAGUGGUCGUGAUUGCUAUUUGCCAAGCACUCCUUAUGGUUGGACCUGAAUAUGCUAGAUAUUGUGGGAUCGAGGCAUUGGAGCCUCUUGGAAUAUAUCUGCCUGGUGAUAUAAAUUAUCCUGGAGGAGCUUUGUUUGAUCCCUUGAAUCUGUCCAACGAUCCUGAAGCUUUUGAAGAGCUGAAGGUAAAAGAAAUAAAAAAUGGACGCUUGGCAAUGGUUGCCUGGUUAGGCUUUUACGUGCAGGCAGCACUGACGGGCAAAGGUCCUGUACAGAAUCUUAUUGAUCACAUCUCUGAUCCUUUCCACAACAACUUGCUGGGCUCCCUCAACUUCAUUAAAGUGGUCAUGUAAUAUCAGAAAGGAAUCUACAUCCAUUCGGUUGCUCUUUUCUACGUUUUGCUGAGGGAAUUCUGGUAAGAACGGUAUAGCCAUCAGCCAUGUACCCUUCGCAUUCUAUUGUCAAAUCUCUAUAAAAGAAACUAUUCUUAAGAAUUACUACUAAUUAUGUCAUUCUAUUCCUAAAAACACCACAAUUACGUCACUCAAUCCUAAUUCUAGACCAAUUUCAAUAGUUA